GUCCUUGUAUUUUCCGGACCAUAUUUUCCUGGCUUGUUUGCAGCAGCUUUUCUGCUGCCUGAGGAGCAGUUGGUUUGGUGACUUGUCAACAGAAACAUGGCUGCCUCUGCGUCCGGGAAAGCAUACCGAAACGAUAACGCUUCCACGGGCAGUCAGAAAUGCACCGAAGAGCCCCCUACACCGACGCGGGAGAUUAUCAAACCGUCUAUCAUGGAGCUCACCAAAGAAGUGCGGACCAAUAUCCUAUGCACCGUAGAAGGAUGUGGCAAGAUUCUACCGAACACGCCAGCCCUGAACAUGCAUCUCGUGAAGUCCCACAGAGUAAAGGACGGUCUUGUCAACCCCACCAUCAGGAAGGACAUGAAGGGCUCCCAGAAGCUCUACUGUUGUCCCAUAGAGGGCUGUCCACGAGGCCCCAACAGACCCUUCUCCCAGUUUUCCCUGGUUAAACAGCACUUUAUGAAGAUGCAUGCAGAGAAGAAGCACAAGUGUUCCAAGUGCAACAACGGCUACAGCACAGAGUGGGACCUGAGGCGCCACAUAGAGGACUGUGGGAGGACCUACCGCUGCACGUGUGGCUGCCCCUACGCCAGCAGAGCAGCGCUACUGUCACAUAUCUACAGGACCGGCCACGAGGUCCCCACAGAACACAGGUAUCCACCAGUGAAAAAGAGGAAGAUGGAGAGACAGAUCAGUGGAGAGGAAAAAGUCAAGCCCAGUGAAUUCAUGUGUAAGAUCAUAAAAACAGACAGAGAACUCUCAGAGGACUCCCUCCCUUCAGACAGGGUCUGCCACAACAACCCCCCUAAACACCUCCAGAAACUCCUCCUACCCAAGCCCGAAGUGGCUCUGGUGAAUUUCCCUGUGAUGCAGCUGGCCCAUCUCCCCGUCCUCCUCCCCUCCACAGAGAGCGGGGUUCUGAGGUCUGUGGUGCUGGCUGUGGACAGCCAGGGCUCAUUCAGCACCCUCCACCUCAUGCCCCAGUCCAUGGGGGCCAUGGUGCCUCACCUGGACCCUAAGACCCUGUGCUUCAGGGGCAGCAUGCCUGCCUCCCGCUCCAGUCUGGGGCCUGUCAGCAUGGGGGUGCAGGUAAGUCUGGAGUCAGUGGGCUCUGGCAAUGACUCAGGAGGAACCAGGGGGAGCAAUACCUCCACCAACAUCCAGACAGACAUCUCAUACUUGUCCAGAAUGCCUAUGGGGGUCGGGGUGGGGACGGAGAUGUGCCCCUUUGGUGAGUCGUCGGUCUCCUCGUGUUCUCAGACAGAUAUUAGUGUGAGUGCUCAGGUCCUGCUGCCGGUCAGUGUAGAGACCCAGACGUUCCCCUCUAAGGCCAAAGCCACCACCACCAUCGGGGCGCAGACAGAUACCCUCAGCCAGCUGCCCUGCCCCUAUUCCUCCCCAUCCCAGUCCCCCUACAUUACCAAGCAGACCCAGACCAGACUCGCCCUGGCUGGGUCAGAAGAGAGUGCUCAGAUGGACCAGGCCAUCAUGUGCUCAGACCUCUUCGACAGUUACUCCCUCAGUGUCUCAACACAGACUGCACUGACAGACGGACACUUCAGAACCCACGGUGUAGACGACCCCCUUUCCGGUAACAGUCUCUAUGACCACGACAAGUCAGCAGGAGGCAUGUGCUUUGGCGUGCAGACAGAUGAUCUCCAGUCGGGCAGCGUGGCGGACAACCAAACCCAGACCACCUUGGCUCUGUUCAACGAUCUGGAAAAUAUCUUGUCAGGUCACUCUCUGUCCGGUCACCAGGCGCAGAUGGAUUCUUCAACAGGCUGUGGGUCAGCUCUGUGCUCUGUUCAGGAACAGCACACGGGCAUCGAUUUUGACUUUGAGGAAUUCCUGAACGCGGCCCACAUCCAGACCCAGACGGAGGAGAGCGAUCUGAGCGGGCUGGGGGCCGACACGCCCCUGGAGGUCCUGGAUAUCCAAACCCAGACAGACUUCCUUCUCCUGGAGGGCCUGGGAAACAGUGAGGGGCCGGGCCGGAGCCAGGCCAGUGACCUGGAACUGGAGAUGUUUGACACCCAGACCCAGACGGACCUCAACUUCCUGCUGAAAGCCGGAGGCCACAUGCCCCUGGGCAACAUUCUGCGCCAGUCCAGCUUCUCCAUGAGCACAGAGUCCUCUGACACUGAGACGCAGACCGACCUCCACCGACCGCUUACACCAACACUAAACUCCAACACCCUUCCCUCUGUGUCCCAGGGUGACCAGGCCAGGCUCUUAAGCAGCACGGAGACUCAGACGGUGACCGACGCAUCAUCUGAGGGCCUCGGAAACCUCUUCCUGACCAGCAACGAGACCCAGACAGUCAUGGACGACUUCCUGUCAGCUGACAUGGCCUGGAACAUGGAGUCCCACUUCAGCUCGGUGGAGACGCAGACAUGUGAGGAGCUGUUUGCUCUCUUUCAGCACUCUGAGAAACCCAACAGCUGAAUUACCACCCCCCCCAGACACACCUCCUCAGUCCACGCAAUGGGGUUCUGCUUUCAGUCCAGGAGGUCCUGGGAUCCUACUCAUCAUCCUCUACAGUCUUUGUCCCUCUACUACUGGAGGUUUAGGUGUAGAAGUGAGCCUUCUUGAAGUCUUAGGACAUUCUACAGAGGGGUAGCAUGUCUAGGAUAACAUGUCCAGACAUCUCCCUCAUGCUAGCUCGAAAGCACUUUAUUAUAGUUCAUGGAUAUGAUUUCCCAUCCUUGUUUACAUGUUUAUUUGCGCGUCUUACUACUUAAAUAUAUAUAUAUUUUGUCUGAAAAGCCAGUUUAGUCCGUUUACAAUAUUUUAAAAUUUGAGCACUAAUGUUUGCUGUAAGAGAGUAUGUAAUGCCUGUUGAGCCUUUCCUUAAUCAUUCUGCUAUUGAAUGGCUUCUGGCAGAUUUGAUGUGGCACAAAUAUACUCAUGAAACUCUAAAAUAGUUGCCGCACUACCAUUGUUGACAUGUGAUUGUGAAGUGCAGUCUUGUAGAAUUGCCCCAUUGUUACAGGGCCACCCACCUAUAAGCUGGGUCACCGCGUUAGGAGACUAGCCUGUCAUGGUCUUUGACUUAUUCAUUAGCUGGCUGUAAGUGUAUAGCAGCACAGUGUGCUGAAGUGAUACAACACUGUAGAGAAACACUAUGAGGAUCUAGCUACUCUCUAGUCACUGUGAUUACGUUGUGAUUGUGUAUGUCCACCAUGUACAGUGCCUUCAGAAAGUAUUCAUACCCCUUGACUUUUUCCACAUGUUGUUGUUACAAAGUGGGACUAAGUGGAACAAAAAAAAAUAGCAUUUAUGGAAAAUCAAAUGAAUAUUUCUUCAUUAAAUAAGUAUUCAACCCCCUGAGUAAAUACAUGUUAGAAUCACCUUUCAAUUACAACUCUUUCUGGGUCAGUCUUUUGAGAUUUCCAUACCUGGAUUGUGCAUCAUUUGCCCAUUUAUUAUUUUCAGAAUUUUUCAAACUCUGUCAAAUUGGUUAUUGAUCAUUGCUAGACAACCUUUUUUUAGGUCUUGCCCUAGCUUUUCAAGUAGAUUUAAGUCAAAACUGUAACUCGGAUAUUCGGGAACAUUCACUGUCUUCUUGGUAAGCAACUCCAGUGUAGAUUUGGCCUCGUGUUGUAGGUUAUUGUCCUGCUGAAAGGUGAAUUAAUCUCCCAGUAUCUGGUAGAUGGCAGACUGAAUCGGGUUUUCCUCUAGGAUUUUGCCUGUGCUUAGCUCCAUUACGCUUCUUUUUUUAUCCUCAAAAACUCCCCAGUCCUUAAUGAUUACAAGCAUACGCAUGACAUGAUGCAGCCACCACUAUGCUUGAAAAUAUGUGGAGUGGUACCCCAAACAUAACACUUUGUAUUCAGAAUAAAAAGUGAAUUGCUUUGCCACAUGUUUUGUAUUGUGGAGUAACUACAAUGUUGUUGAGCCAUCCUCCAUUUUCUCCUAUCACAGCCAUUAAACUCUUAACUGUUUUAAAGUCAUUGGCCUCAUGUUGAAGUACCUGUGCGGUUUCCUUCCUCUCCUGCAACUGUGUUAGGAAUACACCAUCCAAAGUGUAAUUAAUACCUUCACCAUGCACAAAGGGAUAUUCAAUGUCUGCAAUGAGUGUGAAUACUUUCUGAAGGUACUGUAUAACAACCCCACUAAACGUUACUGAACAUAAACUGACAAUAUUACAAUUUCUAUGAACAUUUUCUUGAACUAUACUCUAAAGCCUACCUUAUUGGUCAAAGCUAGCUGUUGGUAUCAUUACAAUAUUUGACCUCAUUUGCACAUGCACCCCAUUCAAAUUUCAAGAAACACAUUUGUUGAGACAUUGUUAUUGAAUGUGAACUUUACAAGAGCUCUUCAAGUUUUGAGUAUUUGUCCAUGUUGGAUUUUGUUAUGUUGGUGCCUUAAACCAAUUAUUUUUAAUUGUAUUUUGUUAUGUUUCCAUUGGUCAGUGAUGCACUAAGCAGCUUUAAGAGGUAGGAAGAAGUUAAGGAUCUAAAUGUAUUUAACAUUUACAUUAUAUGUAUUUGUGGAGGGUGUCUUGGAAGAAUACUUCGAAAACUCAAGUGUCUUUUAAUUUGCAUGUUGAGUAUGUUUGUUUCCUGUACCUCUACUUUCAAAAAUAUUUUGUUGCAAGAUAUGUUAGAAGUCCUGUUUUGUGUUACACAUCCAGGUUCUAAGAAUGCAAUGCAGUAUUUGUUUCCAAGGCAGCAUUUGCCCUACUGUGGUACACUAUCAAUAUGUGGAGAAGUGGACCCAGAAACGGCAGAAUGUAGCCUACAUGACACUGUGCCCAUACUACACAACAUGGCUUAGUUUUUGCACUGCAUCUUAACGUAAUCGAAACAGGACUGUCUCAUUCCAGUUUAUAUAACAGACUUUCAUACUCAACCACAUUUCAUAACAAUGUAUUGUGCUGUACUGAAAACACUACUUCUGUUUAAUUUAUCCUUCUUGAACUUGGUUAUAAUAGCGCUGAGGGGAGAAACUGCCUUGCUUUAAAAGUCAAAAAAUAAACAUGUACAGUAGACUACAUGGCAGGGUUGAAGUCAAUUUCAUUUUCAUUCCAGGCAAUUGAGAAAGUAAACCAAAUUCCAAUGUUCCUCAUUUUGAAAGGAAAUUGGAAUUGAUCCUAACCAUGCUACAUGGGGGUGUUGACUUCAGCGCUUUGGUUUUUCUCAGUAGGGAGUGCAUGCAGUCUUUGGUGCCAAUGUAAGUUAUUUCAGUUGCAUUUCUGUUUGCGGUCUUAUCUGUUGUAUUUCAGUUGCCUGAAUGUGUAGAGGGUCGAUAAAGGUUGCCUCUCGUUAUUUGUGUUGUUGAUGCUAUUCAGCAGACGCUCAUAAUAAAGUCUUCAUAAAGGGUU